GUGACUGUAAGAAAACCACCGAUUCUCCCCAUUUCACUUCUCUCUCUCCGAUUCGAGUCUCCGAUCGACGAUGACGGCGGCCGCCCAGCACCACCACAAUCCACCGCCGUCCUCCUCCAAACCGCCUCGCAACUCCCUUAACCCCACUUCCGCUGCCGCGCCUCCCUCCUCCGCCGCAGCUCCUUCCCAAACCCUCAAUUCGAACAACCCUACCUCCUCCGCCGCCGCGGCAGAGACCGCGCCGAUCGCUCUCCACGACAAGAACCACCCGUUCUCGCACGCCACGCACCUCACCCGCCACGAAUUGCUGAAGCGGAGGUCGCACCUACUGAAGCAGGUAUCGCGAUGCUACCGCGACCACUACUGGGCGCUAAUGGAGGAGGUCAAGGGGCAGUACCGGGAGUACUACUGGAAGUACGGGGUCAGCCCUUUCAAAGAGGAGCGGUUAGAGGAUGGAGGGGAGGGAGAGAGGGAGAGGGAAGGGGGUAAUUUCAGCUCUGUGGAGGCGAUGGAUGAGAGCAAUCAUGGAGGCAAUUUGCCGAUGGGGGCGGCGGCGGCGGCGGCUUGUGGUGGUAAUAACAACAAUGGCAAUUUGAGUAGUAAGGGGGAAGUUGAGAUGAAGAAUUGUCAGAGCAGUAGGUGUAAGUCUCCCGGGUGUAGAUUGAAGGCAAUGGCUUUGACGGCCUAUUGCCACCUUCAUAUACUUUGUGAUACCAAGCAGAAGCUCUACAAGGCCUGCACGUUCGUCAUCAAGAGUGCUCAGGCGGGACCAAUUACCUGUGGGAAGCCUAUACUGAGAUCAAUAGUGCCUGCUCUGUGUAGCGUCCACUUCCAGAAGGCUCAGCAGCAAGUGACUCGUGCAUUGAAGAAAGCCGGCCUCAAUGUUUCUUCAUCAAGUAAACUCGCUCCAAAGCUUCACGUCAUAGUCGCGGAAUACGUGCGCCAGAUUCAAGCCAAAAGAAAGGCUGCAAAAAGGGUGAAUCUCAUCAAAGAUGCUGUCGCCGGUAAGGAAGUUAAGACCGAAGUUGGUAGUUGCUAUGCUGUGAAAUCUUAGAGCAAUACAAACUCAGAACCCUGUGACGCUCAUCCAAUACGAGAUCGUGCUACACUAACAGGCCACACGUCAUCUCAUUCCCGACUUUUGCAAAAUGGAAUGCCAGCAGAGUAGGUCCAAAUCCUUCCUAGCCUGUGUGCGAGCCAUCUUCAUGGAAACCCUGUUCUGUAAUAUCAAGAUGCUUUUCUGGGAGUCUUAUUGAUCUUGGUAGUUUCUUGUACUCGUAGAAUGGAAGACUCGUUUUUGUACAGAACCCUCAUCUUGAAAAGAUCUCUUGAAUGUGGAUAUAGUGAUUGUUGCCUCAUUUACUGACAUGCAUUUUAUCCCAGUGAAACAUUGAAACCCUUUUGGCAAGGUUAAUCUGAUUUCAAUUGUCAAGAAACUGUGAAUUUCAUC